GGUAUGUUUGCAGCGCCCAAAAAUUAUUUAUUUAUUUUUUUUAAAGGAAAGAGAACAAAAACCUAUUCCCGAUUGCUCCAUUUUUGAUGAAGGGAGAGUAGAGGUCUUAGGAGGAAGAGACAAAAGGAGGCUUUGGCGUGGGUACUUAAUCUCCUUCUCCACCUAUUCUCUCCAUCGCAAUUCUUAUUCCCCUACUUUUCUACCCGCUUCGCCACGCUUGCAACGCCUCCGGCGUAGGAGAUAGAGAGGUAUAAUAUAAAUUAUAGAUAGAGAGCGAGAGAGUUUCGCCGCCUCCACCGCUCAUACAUCUCUUGUGCUGUGUUCUCACUGAGCUCUCGGCUUCUCUUGCCGCCAAGAUUCUUAAACUCUUUCUUCUUUUCUUCGCUUGAUUCCAAUAAUCUUCUCCUUGUUCGUGGCUUUGCCGUAGAGAGAAAGUGUGUGAGAGAGAGGGGGCAAGAAGGGAGACAAGAUGAAGUACGUGUUGGUGACUGGGGGAGUGGUGAGCGGGCUGGGAAAAGGGGUGACGGCUAGCAGCAUUGGAGUCGUCCUCAAGGCGUGCGGCCUCCGUGUUACGUCCAUCAAGAUCGAUCCAUAUCUGAACACUGAUGCUGGAACGAUGUCCCCAUUUGAGCAUGGGGAAGUGUUUGUUUUAGAUGAUGGCGGUGAGGUGGACCUGGAUCUUGGAAACUAUGAAAGGUUUCUAGAUAUCAAAUUGACUCGUGAUAACAAUAUCACCACUGGCAAGAUCUACCAGUAUGUCCUUGACAAGGAGCGGAGGGGAGACUAUCUUGGGAAAACAGUGCAGGUUGUGCCACACAUCACAGAUGCCAUACAAGAGUGGAUAGAACGCGUGGCAGUGAUACCUGUGGAUGGCAAAGAAGGACCUGCUGAUGUUUGUGUCAUAGAAUUGGGUGGAACUAUAGGAGCCACAAUCUAUUCAAGGAAUAAUGACAAUGGAAUUCUGGAUGCAGGGGAUAUCGAAUCGAUGCCAUUUAUCGAAGCAUUGGGUCAAUUUUCUUAUCAUGUAGGUCCUGGUAAUUUCUGUCUGGUUCAUGUCAGUCUUGUGCCAGUUUUGAAUGUAGUUGGUGAACAGAAAACAAAGCCAACCCAGCAUAGUGUUCGUGGCCUAAGAGGACUUGGGUUGACACCAAAUAUUCUGGUUUGUCGCAGUGCUAAGGUGCUGGAUGAAAAUGUAAAAGAAAAACUCUUACAAUUUUGCCAUGUCCCGGCAGCAAAUAUCAUUACUCUUAAUGAUGUUACAAAUAUAUGGCACAUUCCUUUACUAUUAAGGAAGGCGCAUGAAGCUAUUUUAAAAAUACUGAACCUUCAAGGAGUUGCUCGACAGCCAAAAUUGGAGGAAUGGACGGAUAGAGCUAAACUCUGUGAUGCAUUGCAUGAUCCUGUUAGGAUUGCCAUGGUUGGAAAGUACACUGGUCUUUCUGAUUCUUAUCUCUCUGUAUGGAAGGCUCUUUUGCAUGCUACAGUUGCUUGCCAUAAGAAACUUGUGGUGGACUGGGUUCCAUCCACCGAUCUCGAAGACGAUACUGCAAAAGAGGCACCUGAUGCUUAUAAAGCUGCUUGGAAUCUAUUGAAGGGUGCAGAUGGCAUACUAGUUCCAGGAGGUUUUGGAGACAGAGGAGUGCAAGGGAAAAUUCUUGCUGCGAAAUAUGCCCGUGAGAAUAAUGUUCCAUACCUUGGCAUUUGUCUGGGCAUGCAAAUUGCUGUGAUUGAGUUUGCUCGUUCUGUUAUGAACUUGCGGGAUGCAAACAGCGCAGAGUUUGACCCUGAUACAAGAACUCCAUGUGUUGUUUUUAUGCCGGAGGGCUCCAAAACUCACAUGGGUGGGACGAUGCGUCUUGGAUCAAGGAGGACAUAUUUCCAGGUUACUGACUGCAAAGCUGCAAAGUUGUAUGGCAAUGUUAGCUACGUAGAUGAACGACAUCGACACAGAUAUGAGGUCAAUCCUGAUAUGGUUCCAGAAUUUGAAAGUGCUGGCCUUGCAUUUGUUGGUAAGGACGAAACUGGAAAACGUAUGGAGAUUAUUGAGCUGCCUGCCCAUCCAUACUUUGUAGGUGUCCAAUUUCAUCCAGAGUUCAAGUCCAGACCUGGACAACCCUCAGCACUUUUCUUAGGACUAAUAGCAGCCUCAUGUGGGCAAUUGGAUGCUUUGCUGCAAAAUCCCAGCCACCUUAGCAAGCCCAUCCCAGGAAGAAUUUCAAGCAAUGGUGUUUUCUUACCGAAGGUCUAUCAAAAUGGACAUCAAAAAGGACAUACACACAUGCCUGCCAAGAGCCUGGUGAAUGGAAACUACUAUUCAAACGCUAAUGGUGUGCAUGUCUAAUGCCGGCCAGUUGACAUGGGUUUUGUGUUUUUUGCUCUCGUGGUUUUCUUGUCAAAUUUGCUUCUUCUGGAUUGGAUUUGCCUGCAGUCAAUCGAGAAGAGAAAGAUUUAAACUCGAGAGACUGCUGCAAGAAUUAAGCCUGUUCCAGGGUUUUAACAAGGAACAGUCUUGUAUUUUCUUGCAAACAACUGGGUUUGAGGGUGUUUUUUUUUUUGUUUCAUCUCUUGAUAGGUUGAGAAAUGCUGGAUCUUGUUGGUCGGGACUUUGCUACCUUAACAUGUACAUUGAGAAAUACUUUAUGCAUUGUCUGCUUAUAUUUCCUGCUACAGACUUCUCUGA